GUCCGCUCUCGGUCGGCGAACGUGCCGCGGUGGAGAGAGUUGACGUCAUGCUCAUCGAUUCCAACUACUCAGCUAACCUCUCAGACCUGGAGUUUGGCACCGACCUCCCCGCCAGCCCCUUCAGUCUCGCCCAAAAGAUCGUCAUCGCCAUAUUCGCCAGCGUGCUCUCCGUGCUGACCGUCGUCGGCAACUCCAUGGUCAUGAUCUCCUUCAAGAUCGACAAGCAACUCCAAACCAUCAGCAACUACUUCCUGUUCUCCCUCGCCGUGGCCGACUUCGCCGUCGGGCUCAUCUCCAUGCCGCUGUACACCAUGUUCACGAUAUACGGCUACUGGCCGCUCGGACCUCACAUUUGCGACACCUGGCUCGCUUUGGAUUACCUGGCGUCGAAUGCGUCGGUCCUCAACCUUUUGAUAAUAAGUUUUGAUAGGUAUUUUAGUGUGACGCGACCGCUCACUUACAGGGCGAAGAGGACUACACGCCGCGCGACGGUGAUGAUAGGGGGGGCGUGGGGAUUCAGUUUGAUACUAUGGCCGCCAUGGAUCUAUGCGUGGCCGUACAUAGACGGCGAGCGGAAAGUGCCAGAGCGCGAGUGCUACAUUCAGUUUAUAGAGACCAAUCAGUUCAUUACGUUUGGGACGGCAAUCGCCGCGUUCUAUGUGCCAGUGACAGUUAUGUGUUUUUUGUACUAUAAGAUAUGGAGGGAGACAAAGAAAAGACAGAAGGACCUACCUAAUCUACAAGGGGGGAAGAAGCAUGACUCGUCUAAGAGGUCGAAUUCCAGUGACGAGACGCGGGAAGUGGACGGGCGCGCGCGCUCGGAGUCCGGGGACGCUGACUCCGUGUACCACGUGCGCGGCGCGCUGCAUGACACGCGGUGGAGAGACCAACAGGUACCGGUAUCUCGCCAGCAGAAGCGUGGCUGGGCGGCGGUGAGGGACUGGUGCGUGGCGUGGUGGCACUCCGGGAGGGAAGACUUGGAGGACACGGAACCCGAGGAGGAGCCUUCCGACCCGGGGUACGCCACGCCGGUGUCUGUCGAAACUCCGCUGCAGAGUUCUGUAUCGAGGUGUACAUCCCUGAACGUGAUCAGAGACCCUUACGCCGGUCGCGGCGGCUCCUGUGGCUCCAGCGUGGCAGACGGAGGGUCAUCUCCUCUUCGCCGAAACUGUGAAGUCCCCAUACCAGCUGCGAGAGACAGCCGCUCUCUUCCCCCCAAUACUAGAAUAAACGCUGCUACCUCACCCGCUCCAAAAUCAGCAUCCGCUGACUCUGUUUACACAAUCCUUAUCAGACUGCCUGACGCCGAUUCAGAGAGACCUAGCAUAAAGAUGAUCACGGAAGAAUCGCCGCCAACGAAUGCGAGAUCGCAUUAUCGACCGCCAGCGAGAGGAGACUCCGAACUGAACUUACAUCCAGCAGGCCAUCCUGCUCUAACGCGCCGGACGUCGCAUAUACAGGAUGUGAGAAUACCACUCAACGCCAAAAUAAUACCGAAGCAGUUAGCCGGCAAAGGGAUAACAUCAAAACAGCCGAAGAAAAAGAAAACUCAAGAGAAGAAACAAGAAUCGAAAGCGGCGAAAACGCUCUCCGCAAUCCUCCUCUCCUUUAUAAUCACUUGGACGCCUUACAAUAUACUUGUGCUUCUAAAACCCUUCACUGCUCGGAUAUACAUCCCGGAAGAACUUUGGUCCUUUUUCUAUGCCCUGUGUUACAUUAACUCAACGAUAAACCCUGUUUGCUAUGCUCUUUGUAACGCGACGUUCAGGAAAACUUACGUUAGAAUUUUGACUUGUAAAUGGCAUAACAGAAAUAGAGAAGCUAUGACUAGAGGUGUGUACAAUUAGUAUGGAUAUAUUAUUUGCCUUUAUUUGAGCAAUACGAAAAUGAAAGAUUUUGGGAGUGGCUAAUACUUCAGUGCCAAAAUAGCAAUUGCCCAAUUUUGGUAUUGAGUUUAAGUGACGUUUUUGCUAAGUUA